CCCAACAAUAAAAUAAUAUAAAAACCCGUGCUUCGAUUUGGUUCAACAACUUUCGAUGAGUUUUUUUGGUUUUGGUCUUUUGGUUUUUUGGGGUCUCAGCUGGGAAGCUGGAAAGCUGGAAAGCUGAAAUCCGAGAUCUGAGCAUCAACUGUCGUGUCAUUUGCUUUGUUGUCGUGCUGUCUGAAGAGCCAUCAAAUCAAAUUAUAUAUGAAUUUGUCACAAGUUGAAAGCGAAAGCCGCACCGAUCGCCCGGCAGACAACUCUAUAAAGGUUUCCUUUGUUGCAGUCGACAAACGGCAGUUCCAGCAUCAGCAUCAGCAUCAGCACCAUCACUCGGCAUCCAAAACUCGAUACUCGCGAUACUUGGCUUUUUGUUCCAGAAGAUCUCCUUCGAAAUUCAUUCCAAAUGUUGCGCAUACGCAGUGUGAGCCACGUGCAACUGCUCGUUCUAAUGGCAAUCGUUUUGGUGACGGCAAAACAGGAGACUUCAACGCGUCAAUUUGGUGGCCAGAACUUUGGCAACGGCCUGGGUCCCUCCUUCGGUGGCGUGGGCGUGGGUGGUCUAGGGCCUGGGGCCGGGUUCGGACCUGGAUCCGGAUCCGGAUCCGGGCUGGGAGCAGCCGGAUAUCCGGGACAGGGCGGCUACGGACCACCGCAGCAGCCGGGCUGCCCGCUGUGCGACUCGUCGGUUUACUCGUACUGCUCGCACAAGAUGGUACACGAUGCCUGUUGCUGCGAUUUUCCAGGCGGUGCCCCACAGUUGAGACCACCCCAGUGUUUGUACUACGACUGCUCGCUGCUGUAUGCCAAAUCCUGUUACGAACACGCCCUCAUCAAGAACUGCUGCUGCAAUAAUCCCUACUGACGCGCCCAAUUAUCGCAAAAAAUCGAGAAAUAUCGCGCAACUGGAAAUGGGAAAUUGGAAAUUGGAAAUGGAAUGUGCGGAGUGCCGAGUGAUUUGUUUGCACUUUUGCUCAAUUUAUUUAUUCAAUCCAUUUAAAAUGCAUGUGCGGACAACUCAGCGUUUAAAUCAAACUUGUGCAAUUG